AUGUAUCAGGUUUUUUUUUUUUUUCUCUCCCUAUUUGUGAUUGGCUUUAUUGGGAACAUUGUCCUCCUGGUGUUACUCUUCAACACAUUCUUCUUUCAGCCCCAUGGAAAAAAGCCAAUCUAUUUGAUCGUCAUCCAUUUAACACUAGCUAAUAUUUUGACAAUUACUUUGACUGGAAUUCCAGAAAUUAUAUAUUUCUUUGGAAUUAGAAAUAUCAUGGGAGACAUUAGUUGUAAGAUAGUGAUAUACUUCCACCGAGUCUGCCGGGGUCUUUCCCUCUGUUGCACAUCUUUCAUGAGUCUGUUCCAAGCUGUCAAAAUUGCUCCCAGCAACUCCAGAUGGGCAUGGCUCAAACCCAGAAUAUCCUCAUUCAUUUUCCCUGCAUUCACUUUGUUCUGGAUUGCAAACUUGCUCAUCUACUUCCGGGUCAUAUUAAGUGUCGGGGCCCCUUACAAUACCACUAACCUCGAACAGGUCUAUAAUCUCAAGUACUGUAUGGGAGCAGAUCCUGACAAGUUACAGAGAAUGGGAAUUCAGUUGGGAAUGGCCAUUCGUGAUUUCCUAUGUAUGUUUCUCAUGAUCUGGACCAGUAUGUACAUGGUCAAGCUCCUCUUCAUGCACCAAAAGACUGUGCAGCAUGUCCAUAGUGCCAGCCUCAGCCCUCGACCUUCACAUGAAACCAAGGCCACCCACACAAUCGUGGCCCUUGUGAGCUGCUUUGUGUUUCUUAACUGCACCAGCUGCUGCCUUAACAUUUACCUAAGUCAAGUCCACCAUAUACAGGGGUUAGAGAACAUCACAUCUUAUGUAAGCUCUUUUUAUCCAGCCAUGUAUGCUUGCUUGAUGAUUAGAAACAAAGUCAGAGGGGCCAGGUGGUGA